AUGUCGACGUCAUUCGCGUCGUGCCAUACGCGCGCCGCAGCCACAGCGGGGCUCAUCCCCCGCUGCGCAGCAUCCGCGACUACCCAACUGCACCUCGUCUCCGCCACAGGCGCAACACCCACAGCCGCGUGCCGCGCCGUUACCCAUCAGCGUGCAGCUUUCCUCCCCCGCCCAGCCCUCUCCCCGCGCCACCUCUCCUCCACUUCCGCCCUCUCCCCAUCUCUCCACGCGCUCUCCGUUCGAUCCACCUCCGCGCGCCUACCGCCUCGCGCGCCCGGCGCAGUGCGCGUAAGCGCGCGCGGGGGAGGCGGAGACGGGAGCGUGGGGGUCCCGGAGCGCAUCCUCUCCGCCAGCGUCUACUUCCUCCCGCUCCUAGACGGCGCGCGUUACGCGCGAUUCCUCUACGCGCAAUACCCCUUCACGCGCGUGAUCCUCGACCCGAUCAUCCCGCUCGUUCAAGCUUACAACUCCUUCCCGUACGCCGGCCUCAUCCUCUUCUUCCUCCUCUAUCUCGCCGUCAUCCGCAACCAAAACCUCGACCGUUACGUGCGGUACAACGCGAUGCAGGCCGUGAUUCUCGAUAUCCUCAUGAUCCUGCCGUCUCUCAUCGAGCGCCUGUUCGCUGGCAACGACGGCAUCUCGCUACAGCUGACGAUUAUUUUCUACAACACCGUGUUUCUGUACCUCUUCGCGUGCUUCGUCUUCGGCGUCGUGUCGUGCCUCCUCGGGAAGACUCCCCGCUUGCCCAUCGUCGCGGAAGCCGCCGACGCGCAGUUCACCACAAUUCCCUCCCCAAUCCGUCACUGCCAUUUCCCUCUUCGCACCACCAUUUUCCCUGCUAUCUCAUCUGCGUUCCCCACUCACCUGUGUUCCCCUCACACCUCGAUAAUAUAUGGGACCCCUCAUUAG